AUGAGCGGUGGCAAGAGCAGCGACCAGACUGCAACGGCGUCAACGUCGUCAUCACCACCUCACACUCUGGACACAUUCCGGCCUCUACUCAAGUCGCUGAUCCUCUCAAUCCCCAUUCCGGGCAUUCCUUCCACCUCGUCUUCCUCCUCUGCUCCUCCCGGUCUGGACGAAGCUUCUCUCCGCCACCUCUUCGACCACCUCUCCGACCCCGAAUUCACCUCCAAUCAUGCACACCACGCACAAUUGGGCUCCACACUGAGCGGCAUGCGCCUUGGCGGGCUGGACGUUCGGCCAGAGACGCUGCUCGUCGCGAGUCAGACCUUCCUUGCGAAAUGCAUUGCUGUAGAAUCGCAGGACGAGGUGUGUAGCUUGACGACGAAGGGCGAGGCGCAGAGGCGGCUACAGCAGGAGGCAGGCUGGGUCACGUCCGAUGUCAGCGAGGCCGACCUGCUCGCCCGCCUGACAGCAUACAAUGGGACGCUGGACCUCGUAGGGACAGGCGGAGAUGGCCAGGAUACAUUCAACGUCUCUACUACGGCAGCAAUGGUCGCCUCAGGUGUGCCCGGCGUGAGAAGCUGCAAGCACGGCGCCAAAGCCUCGUCGUCUACUUCGGGAAGCGCAGACCUGCUCCUCUCCCUCGGUAUCCCGCUCCUCUCCCUCACACCCGCAACGCUCAGCCCUCUGGUUGCGACUUGCUCCUUCGUAUUCCUCUUUGCGCAACUCUUCCACCCAUCGCUCGCGCCCCUCGGACCGAUCAGGAGAGCGCUGGGCCAUCCGACGAUCUUCAAUGUACUAGGUCCGCUCAUCAACCCGGCAAGACCGAGACGGUGCAUCCUUGGCGUGCACUCAGCUUAUCUGGGCAAUAUCUUUGCCGAAGCGCUCAGGAAGCGGGGCUGUGAGAGGGCUUGGGUAGUGUGUGGCAAGGAAGGGCUGGAUGAAAUUAGUAUAGAGGGCGAGACGGAUGUCUGGGAGCUCGACGGCAACGAUAUUCGUCACAUCACCAUUUCACCGCAAGACUUUGGUCUGCAAUCCUACCCGCUCACGCAAGUCGCGAGUUACACCUCGGACGAGAACGCAGCCAUCGUCCUCCGCCUCCUCGGUGCACGAGACUAUCCAGACUCGACCGACCCGCCAUCUCUCGCCUCGUCCGUACCUUCCGCAGCCAACCUCGAGGCAAUCGAGGCUUACACCAUCCUUCAAGCCUCGGCCCUCCUCUAUGUAGGCGGGCACGCAAACUCAUACACAGAGGCAAGCAGACUAGCGCGACAGAGCAUGAAGAGCGGAGCUGCUCUGCGGUCCCUGCGCGAGUUCAGGGCAAAGGCGAAGGAGGCAGUCAUGCAAAGGGAGAAAGAGAUUGCAGCUGCCGGUGAAGAGGAGAAGAGGCGGAGGGAGCGAGAGGAGCAAGAUGCGCGGGCGAGCGUGGCUCAUGAUAGAAAGACAGGAGACGACGGAUUCUUCUAUGCGCCGGCGCCUUCGAGGAGUGUGGGGGUGGGGACGGAGGACGCAUAG